AUGGCAGCAGCCAGCGCUAUCUGGUUGGCGGUGGAGGAAAGAACCACUAUUGUGACUAUAUUGAUUGUGCAUGCAAUUAUGGCGAGCAUCGAGGUGUCGCUGUCGACCACGCCGCGGCGCAAGAAGAGCGCAGGGCUGGUGGUGGGCGCGGGCGGGGGCGUGGGACCCGGCGGCGCGGGCGUGGGCGUGGGCAUGGGCGUGGGCAUGGGCGUGGGUGUGGGCGGCGGGCCGCUGCACCGCGCUCACAAGGACGUGCACAAGGAGCUGGAAGUUCAUGCGCAUUCGGGCCUGAAGGGGCAGCUGUGCAGCUCGCUGAGCAUCAACCGGCUGUCGUACCUCCGGCCCGCGGCGCCGCCGCAGCCGCUGACGGAGGCCGAGCGACGCGCGGCGGAGGAGCGCCUGCAGCGCCUGCGCCAGGAGAUGGACAACAAGCGCCUCGCCAUCAAGAACCUCAAGAUGGCGCUCGAGCGCCUCGACAUCACCGACAACAUCGACGUGCGCAUCCAGCAGGCGGAGCUGGAGUACCAACUGGGGCGCGAGGAGCUCAACCUGCUGACGCUGCUGGAGGAGAGCCGCGGGCUGCAGGCGGCGCUGGACGACGCGGCCGAGCAGAGCCGCGCGCGCUCCGACGCCACCUCGCUCUACAGUUGCGUGAGCGGCGCGGCGUACGUGAGCCUGCACGCCGUGGAGCUGACGUACGACCCCAAGAGCCCGCGCUUCGGCGCUGGCCCCCGCGACGGCCAGCCCGGCCUCUACGUGGACUGGGCGGCGGACGGCGCGGGCAUGGCCAAGGGAGACAGGCUGGUGGAGGUGAACGGGCGAUUGGUGCUGUCCAAGGGGCGCGACGACCUGGUUCGGCUGCUGGCGGCGUCCCCCGAGCCUGCGCAACUGGUAGUGCUGCGCGCGCGCGCAGAGCCCCCGGCCGACGCGCAGGCCACGGCGGCGUUGGCGGCGCUGCGCGACGAGCUGGAGUCUGCGCGCGGCCGCGCAGAUGGACUGCGCGGCGCCAACGUGGCGGAGCUGAUGGGGCGACUUGCGCAGCAGGCGCCCACUCCGCAGACGCCCUCGUCGCCCACGGCGGGCGAAGGUGGCACCGUCAAUGGGGGCCUGGCGCCGCACGCCGGCCGCCCGCCCCCGCACGCCCCGCCGCCCAACGCCCCAGCACCCAACAAGACGGAGGUUCAGGUUUUUCAAAAAGGGCCCCAAGUCACUGCUUUGAUUGCAAAUUUGCCAGGCCUUGAAGUUGGUAGCAGAAGUCCAGCUGAAUCCAGACACAGUCUACCCACCCUUCGACCGAAACCACCUGCAUCUGCCUCAGCAGUAACUUCCACCAAUCAUACUCCAAUGAAAAACCAUGAUGCCAGGAGUGCCAAAUCAUUAGAUUUUGGUCCUGAUGGCUCAUCAAUGAAUGGUCUUCAUCACCACCACCAUCACCAUCAUCAUCACAAACAUGACAAACGUUAUCAUCUACAUAAUGCACGGAGCACAAAUUCAUUAGAUGUAUGCAACUCUGAAGCAAUUCGUGCCAAACAUGCUGAUCAACACUGCAAUUCUGAUAUGUAUAGAGUCAAAAGUGGGCAUUCUAUGCUGGAAUAUGGUCUGGAUGCUAAUGCUGCAAUAGAACACAAGAGGGCUCAUCAGAGAAAGCAUAUAGAAGGGCAUCAUCAUAGACGCUCAGAGAGCAGACCAUUAACUGAAGCAAAAAGUUUAAAAUCAAUAUUGGACUACACAUCUGAGUCAUCAACAGGAAUGCAACGAAUACGAAAGUCGGAUGCUCGCAGUGUAAAGUCCCUGGACUUUGAUUCAGAGCCAACUCUCACUCCACAACAUAGACAUGAAAAUCGACAUCAUAUUUCAAGGACCAAUGAUGCUCGCAGCACUAAAUCUUUGGACUACAGUUCUGAAUCAUCUUCACAAGCACAUUACAGGAAGAAUGGUGAAGAAUGUAAAACACAAAGGCCUACUCCACCAAAGAAACCCUUGCGACUAUCACUUCACAAAGCAACAAGUCUGCAGUCUGUGAAUAACAAUACACCCCCACCAACACCUCCCACACAAAUUGAUGUUCGUAUGAAUGGAAUCAAAAGGCAUAUCAAAGGGGAAGCACCACCUGCUCCUGUUGUUAUACGCAUUUCUGAAGGACAACAACAGAUGAUCCAUAAUUCUUGCCACACUAUGCAAAACUCCUGUCAUCCUAACAAUCACUGGCCACCACAGCCGCAAACAAAUACUAUUCAAGUAGUACAUGCCACUCCCAGCAUGAAAGGGAUCAUGUCAGAAGAAAAAUGGUAUUAA